AUGUGUGUCUUCCUUGUUCUGGUAUUUUUGUUAGUAUCGACGCAAGUAGAUUUCAGCACUUCUUCAUCUUUGGAUAAAGUGGAGACCCUUUCGAUUGUGCCGGGAAUUGGGGAUCCUAAUACAUUCUUCAACCAAAUACUACAGGAUCCUGUUGAAUUUCGCGAACAGAAUGCGAUGAAUAACAGAAAUAUUACGUUAAAACUAGAACUAUGA